AUGGAUAUGCCGGCCCUGAGGAAUGUGAAAGAGGUACAGAGCCUUACGGGUAGGAUGACAGCCCUUGGCAGAUUCCUUUCUCGUUUGGCAGAAAAAGGCCUUCCUUUCUACAAGGUCUUAUCGAAAGCAAAUAACUUCGAAUGGAAUUCUGAAUGCCAGCGAGCUUUCGAAAAGCUGAAGGAGCACCUAGCCACGCCUCCGGUUCUUACCAAACCGAAGCCCAGAGAACCAUUAUACAUAUAUCUGGCGGUGGCCAAUGAGGCCGUAAGCUCGGUAUUGAUUCGAGAAGAAAAUAGGAUCCAGAGGCCCGUUUAUUAUGCAAGUAAACGAUUAUCGGGAGCCGAGGUUCGGUAUCUUCCUAUGGAAAAACUGGCUUUCGCCUUAAUAACAUCGGCGAGGAAACUCCGACCCUACUUUCAAGCUCAUACGAUUAUAGUGCUUACUAACCAAUCCUUGAAGCAGGUUCUUAGCAAGCCAGAGCUUUCAGGCCGGAUGUUGAAGUGGGCAGUAGAGCUCACCGCCUUCGACAUUGAGUAUAGGCCGCGAUCGGCCAUUAAGGCGCAGUCGCUAGCAGACUUCAUUGCCGAAGGGAUAGGAGCUCCCGAAGGUCCCGAAGAAAAUCAGAAACCAUGGUUAGUGGCGGUAGACGGAAGCUCGACCUCGGGCGGCGGUGGAGCAGGAUUAAUGAUAAAGAGUCCCGAAGGGCAAAUAUGGCCUUAUGCACUGCAUUUUGAAUUCCGAGCAUCUAACAACGAAGCAGAAUAUGAGGCCUUAUUGGCUGGGCUGAGGUUGGCUGAACAGUUGGGAGCUCAAAACGUUGAGGUGGAAUACGUCCCUCGAGCCAUGAAUACAGAGGCGGACUUGCUGUCCCGAAUCGCCUCUUCCUCUUUCCCUACAAGCUCUCGGGAAAUUCGGAUCGAAUCUCUUCCGCAAAAGAGUAUCGAAGAAGCCGCAGACCAAUUUUGUAUCGAUGACGAGCCUAGCUGGAUGGACCCCCUGUUGUCAUAUUUGAGAGAGGAAAAGCUCCCCGAAGACGACUCGGAGGCACGGGAGGUCAAACGAAAAGCCCAAAAUUUCGUGUUAGUCGGUGAGGAACUAUACAGAAGGUUUUUUUCACAACCAUUGCUCAAAUGUAUCCGACCUCGCGAAGCAGACUACAUCCUACGGGAGAUUCAUGAAGGAAUAUGUGGAAACCACAUCGGAGCUCGGGCGCUUAGUCAAAAGGCCCUGCGGCAGGGGUAUUAUUGGCCAACGAUGGUGUGA